AUGCCGAGGCAAAGUGCCCAACAUGGUCAGUCAUCAGAUUCAUCAUCAUCAUCUAUUAAAGCUUUGUUGAAAGAGUAUAUGGACAAGACCGGUGUCGUAAUUCAGAGUCAAGUUGCAUCCCUUCAAGCUCUUGAGAGAGCUCUACCAAGUGAUAUUGAGAAUUCAAGAGCACAAGGGAAAGAGCAUUGUAAGAUAAUUACUCUCAGAAGUGGGACUCAACUGAAUGAAAUCGUUAAAGAUGCCAUGGUAGAAGAGGGUAAAUCAGAUUGCAACAAUGGAAAGAUUUCAGAAACGUCUGAAAAUCACACUACAUUUGGAAUAGCUAAACAAAGUAAUGUUGCAGAAGAAUUAGAUUAUCUUGCUGAUGGGAGUGUUACGGGAAAACAAUAUGUCCUUAAACAGCUUCACAUCAGCAUACCAUUGGUUGAAGCUUUGGAGAAGAUGUCCGAUUAUGUAAAAAUUAUGAAAGACAUAUUGUCAAAGACGUGUAGAUUGAGAGAAUUUGAGAUUUUGGCUCUCACUAAAGGGUACACAGUGGUGCUGAAUGAUAAAUUACCUCCAAAGUUGAAGGACCCAAAGAGUUUCACUAUCCCAUGCUCAAUUGAAAAUCAGUUUAUUGGUAAGGCAUUAUGUAAUUUAGUAGCAAAUAUAAAUCUAAUACCUAUGUCUAUUUUUAGGAAGCUAGGAAUUGGGAAAGGAAGACUUACUACAAUUUCGUUGCAACUAGUUGAUCGAUUCUACGCAGACCCAAAAGGUAAAGUUGAGGACGUACUGGUAAGAGUAGAUAAGUUUAUUUUUCCAGCAGAUUUUCUUGUUUUAGAAUGUGAAGUUGACCAUGAUGUGUCAAUUAUUCUUGGAAGACCUUUUCUUGGUACAGGCAGAACUUUAAUUGAUGUGCAGAAAGGUGAACUAACCAUAAGGGUAAAUGAACAACAAAUCACAUUCAAUGUAUUCGAUGCCUUGAAAUAUGCUGAUGAGAAUAAAGAAUGA